UAGAGAUUUUCAAACGCUGAAAUUUAUUAAACAUUUAGCAAGUAUAAUGAUUGGUACCGCGUGCCCUAUUGACUCACACCUUAAUUUGUAUUUUGUUGGCUUUCCUUAAUCCGUAAGCUUUGCUAGUUUGCCUGGUUUCCAAACCAACAUCUUCAAAACUAAUGGAGACUCGGAGCAGCCUUGUUUGGGGGAUAAUCACCGGCUUUGAUCAUUGCGUGAUGCCGGGGAAGAGCAACAAAUCCUUCGUUUAGGCCUGACAGGUGUGCAUAAUCAUAAACUGGUUUAAGCUUGCAGUUAAUAAUUGGUAUGGAGGACCUACAUAAGUUGUGCCUUGAAGCUUUGCCAAACAUCCCUAUUUCAAAUAUGAAAGGAACUGCCGUCGAUAAGAAAGUUGCAUAUUUCUUCAAUGCAUUAAAAUCUACCAGAGACUCGUGGACUAUGAGUCACAAGUGUUUGGCCAAAUAUGGUUGUGAUAAAUUUAGUAAAAUGGGCAGCACAAAUGUAGAGCAACUCGUUGAUAUGGUAGUGUUUGCAACACUUGACUCUGUGAUUAAGGCAGCAGCAGAACUGUUUGAUAGGCUAGAAGAUGAAGGGUUGAAUGAAGACUACAGCCAACAAGCCAGCAAAUCAACAGAGUCCUAUACCAGCAACAAAUCUAUUUCUCUUGCUGUCAAAAAUGAUGCUCGUACUGGAGUAACUCCAAAUAUUUCCAAGUCUCCACCUGGUCAUCCGUCUCCUGGAGUUCAGUUUUGUCAGAACUCUAGCAACUUGAAACAAAAGAAUGAAACAGUCGAGAAACUGAAGCCACAGAGCAAAGAAGAAGUGAGAGCAGCAAACACUGGCAUAAUUGAAUGUCACUUGCAGACAAGCAAAAACACGAAGGUUCCAUUCCCCAAUGUGAAUGAGAAUGAUCAUGAGAAACAACAAGAUACAACCGGUGAAACUGACAUCCCAAAAAGUGCUCCUCCACUGCCAGCCUCGCUUUCCAAAGAAUUAUUGCAAUCACCACCACCACCACCUGUCAUGCCUACAAAAGGAUCAAUGCCAACUGCAAUGCCACUCAAAAAGGGUCCUGGCCCCCCUCCACCUCCACCUUUUGCUGGUAAAUCCCUGCUUCAAAGGAAACCGAUUACUAAAUUGAAGAGAUCCACCCAGAUGCCCAACCUGUUUCAAAAACUCAAGAACAAGAUGGAAGGAUCUAACCUGACUAUUAAAUCAUCUAAUGUGAGAAAGACACAACUUGGAGGUUCUAGCGGUGGAAGGGAAGGACUGUCUGCCACAAUAGCAGAAAUGACAAAAAGAUCAACAUACUUUCUACAAAUUCAAGAAGAUAUUCAGAAGCAUGCAAAAUCGAUCCUUGAGUUAAAGGUAGCCAUCAAUUCUUUUCAAACAAAUGACAUGGUAAAGCUACUGAAGUUUCGAAACAGCUUUGAAUCCAUCCUUGGGGUCUUAACUGAUGAAUCUCAGGUGCUAGCAAAGUUUGAAGGUUUUCCCACAAAGAAGUUGGAAACAUUAAGGACAGCAGCUGCACUGUACUCAAAAUUAGAAACUAUAGUCACUACCUUGAAGAAUUGGGAGAUAGUGCCUCCCUUGGUAAAGCUUUUGGAUAAGGUUGAGCACUAUUUCAGAAAGGUAAAUGUAGAUCUAAAUUUAAAUGAGCACAUCUCUUCACAAUACUAUCUUCAUAACUGCUUAUUUGUCUCAAUCAUCAAGGUCAAAGUAGAGCUGGAUGCAUUUGAACGAAAUAAGGACGAGGAGUCCAAAAAAUUUAAGAGCUAUGAUAUUGAUUUUGACUUCCUUAUGGUUACAAGAGUAAAAGAAUCAAUGAUAGAUCUUUCCUCUGGAUGUAUGGAACUAGCACUGAAGGAAAGGAGAGAAGCAAAAACAGAAGGGAAUGGAGAAAUUGGCAUAACAGAUGGGAAAAUGAAACAAAGCGUUAGAUUGCUUUGGAGAGUUUUUCAGUUGGCAUUUCAGGUCUAUAUCUUUGCUGGUGGACAAGAUGAUCACUCUAAUAAGUUGGCCAAGGAAUUGGCUGAUGAAAUCUUAGUUGAUUUACAAUACCAAUAGCUAUACUCAUUGAUUGGAAAAUAUAGACAGAAUAUCAAGAAAACUACCAAAAGUUGAAUGCAUUCUUUGAAAGACACUUGCAACCUUA